CUCACCGACAGCCUCAUUCCCAGCCACAGUCUGGUCAGCCACAAGGUGGUCAGGGAACUCAGGGCCAACCACCAUAUUGGACGCAAUAAUCGUCGUCUUUUCUUCUCUUCUUUUUCCUUUUCUCUUCCUCGCCAUUGUACUUAUUUUUCCCUCAUCUGCGCUUUUGAAAAUUUAUAAAGGAGAAAAAGAAAAACUUUCGUCCAAAACCAUCUCUUCUACAUCCCAUGUUGCCUGACAAACUAUACGGCGUCACCGUCUCCGUUUCAUUAGCGGCCAGUGUCAUUCAAGCAUUUGCUAUCACAUUACAACGACGAUCUCACAUAUUCAAUGACGCUGAACCACCAGAACUGCAACGGUCAGCUUUCCGUCGGCCCAUAUGGGUGGCUGGCUUUCUAAUGUACACCAUUGCCAAUAUAAUUGGUUCCAUCUUCACCAUUGGUUAUCUUCCCAUCGUCGUCUUAGCCCCCAUUGGUGCUAUGAACUUGGUCUUCAAUGCUAUAUUUGCAAAAGUUAUGCUUGGCGACCCCUUCACGAAGCGAACAGCGUAUGGUACCGCACUUAUUGUCCUCGGUGCUGUGCUGAUCGGUGGAUUCGGUGUGGUGCAAGAACCAAACCAUACCUUGGAGGACUUGAUCCAACUGUACAAACGUCCAACUUUCAUUGCUUAUUUUGCUGUUGUGGAGUUUUUUAUCGUGGCAGGGCUUGCUGCCACUCAUAUUGUGGAAAACAAAUACAAAAGCAUGCAGUACUCUCUCACUGAUCGAACUAUCGUAUCGCACCCAAACACAAAAGCUCUCUUGGGCAUCAGUUAUGGUGUGUUUGGCGCAAACAUAAGCAGUCAGGCGAUGCUGUUCGCUAAAAGUGGUCUAGAGCUACUGAUUCUGUCCAUCUUUCAGGGCCAGAAUCAGUUUAUCUAUCCACUAACAUGGCUUUUGGUCGCAGCGUUGAUUGUCACGGCACUGUUACAGUUAUAUUAUCUCAACAAAGGCAUUUCCCUUUGUGACACCGUCAUUCUUGUUCCGCUGAACUUUUGCUCUUUCAACGUCAGCUGCUUGUUCAACGGCUUGGUCUAUUAUGACCAAUGGGAGCGACUCUUUUGGUGGCAAAUCGUUUGCGUUCUUUGCGGAAUCGUCAUUUUGGUUUCUGGUGUGUUAGUCUUAUCAUGGAGAUCCAUGGCCGGUGCCAUCUUCUUGGAAGAUGACGAUGACAAUAAGCCUGUCGCUUCACAAUGAAGUCCUUACGAUGUUUCAAUCCCCCUUUGAUUGUUUCCCUCCUUGUAUAAUAUAUGACGCUCUAUACCUGAUCCCCUUCCCCCCUUCACUCUCUCUCCUCUCUUGCCAGACUGUCUGUGACAUUCGCCGUUUGUGAUGCCAGUUUGUUUUCUGUCUACAUCUAGAUUAUCCUCUAUAAAGAAGGGGCCUGACAUCAUACAGAAGCCCAAAACAUAUAUCAAAA